AGGAGGAGGAGGAGGAGAGAAAGGAGUUCGAAUCGCUGAUGAAGGAGUUGUAUCGCGACGUUGAUUUUUGGAAUAAGGUCACCGAGCGAAGUUACGACGAAAUGCGAAAGGAACUCGAAGGGAUCUUUGGGAAACGUUUGAAUCUUCUUUCGGAGACACACAUGCGGAAUCUUUACUUUAUGAAUUUUCUCGGUAACCACGAUAGACCGUCUUCCGAAAAGCCGGACUGGCUAGAUAGAGAGAAGUUUCGAAAGGGCCAGCGUUUCGCUCGCGACAAUAUCGCAGGACUUUUCCUAGGGCAGCUCUACGGUUUGUCCUUCUUGUUGUGCCAUGACGACAGUUUGAGAUCCAUUAUAACGACGCAGAAAUCUCACACGCCUUAUUUAGCGUUCAAAAGAUAUUUGUCGACCGGUCAACGCGUACGCAACUGGUAUACGGAAGAUCCUUGGUGCGAAGGUACGAAGGCGUACGAAGAUAUUCAAACGGUCAAGAGGAUGCACCUCGAUGUGAGCACGAAAGUCAAUCGAUUCGAUUACGAGGAGAUGGAAUCGAAGAGUACCAUAAGAAACCCUCACUGCCCGGCCCUUCGAUUUAUAACGGACGACUUUUCGACGAUAUUGCCUCCGGAAUCGUUGUCGGCUCACUUAUACGCGGAACAAUCGAAGCAUUUACGCACGAAUUCGAACGCAAAGAGAAUCAAUCAAUCGGAGAUGGGCUAUACUCUGUUCGGCUUCAUGGGCCUGCCCGUACUCUUUCCCGAUCACUUUGGCAUUUAUCCGAGGACGGACGAGGACCUCGAGAAUUUCUGUUACGUUUGGAGGUGCAUCGGUUAUCUCUUGGGAAUCGACGAGGAGAUGAACAUUUGUCGGGGAAGCUUGGAAGACGUAAAAGCUCGUUGUCGAUCGUACAUCGAAGACCUGGCAAAGCCUGCCUUUCAACGACUCGAGCCGCAAUGGGAACAUAUGAUGAGAUGCGUCGUCGAAGGGAAUCUCUACUUCAUGAACGCUUGCAACUUCGAGACGAUAGUGUUAUGCAUCGCCGACAUCAUGGGCAUCGAAAUGCCGAUCUUCUACUCUUCCUUGACUUAUUCUCAACGUAUCAGAUACUACUUGCACAAAUAUUUUAUACGAUACGGACUGAAAUAUUCAUUCGUACGAUCGCUCGUUAAUAAGCUUCUCAACUCGUUGUUCGACAAGGCCCUCUAUUUCGACGACACGAAGAUUGUCGAAUUGAAGAAAAAGUCUACGAGUUCGCCGUUGCACGUUCCGUUGGCAAUUGACGCACAGCGUAACGCCGAUUCGGUAUAACUUGGAAUGUACGAAUCUACGGCGAAAGGCGAAGGACGAACGCGUUGACGCGUUCCUCGGCAAAAGGAAAGAUCACUAGUGCGUCGAUGGCAAUAACGACAUGAGGAAAAUAAAGUAGACACACUUUGUAUCGAACGU